CAGCGCGGCGAGGCUCGCUCCGCCAGUCAAGGCAGCGCUGCCGGGGGAGGAGCUGGGGGGGGCGGCGGCGAUGGAGCCGGGCGAGCGGAGCCGGCGGGCGGCGGCGGCGGCCUGAGCCCCCCCCCCCCCCCGUAUCCAACAACAGCAUCAUCCCUUCCCGAAGCCCCCCGAGCCCACUCUGAGGAAUGAGCGCUUUCCAGGCAGACCUCCUCCUCCUCUUCCUCGGAUGCUUCCUCCUGAGCCACGAACUGGGGCUCCCAGGACGAGGAUGCUGCCUAGUACUGGGGUUCAUGUACAAGGAGAAGUACCGCAGGAUGACUGAAGGUCAAGCAUCCUCAUUCACGCAGCAGCCCCAGGACCAAGUGGUGAUUGCUGGGCAGCCCGUGACGCUGCUGUGCGCCAUCCCUGAGUACAAUGGCAUUGUGCUGUGGAUUAAAGAUGGGCUCGCCCUCGGUGUCGGACGGGACCUCUCCAGUUACCCACGCUACCUGGUCGUAGGAGACCAUCUGUCUGGACAGCAUCACUUGAAAAUCCUGAGAGCUGAUCUCCAAGAUGAUGCUGUCUAUGAAUGCCAGGCUAUCCAAGCAGCCAUCCGAUCCAGACCUGCCCGGCUGACUGUUCUUGUUCCUCCAGAUGAUCCUGUCAUUAUGGGGGGUCCCAUCAUCAGCCUGAGAGCAGGAGACCCCCUCAACCUGACCUGCCAUGCAGACAAUGCCAAGCCAGCAGCCUCCAUCAUCUGGAUGCGGAAAGGAGAAGUCAUCAAUGGAGCCACCUACUCCAAGACACUUCUCCGUGAUGGCAAGAGGGAGAGCAUCAUGAGCACCCUUUUCAUCGCCCCCUCUGACAUUGAGAACGGGGAGAGCAUCAUCUGCCGUGCCACCAACAAAGCCAUUCCCAGUGGGAAGGAGACCUCUGUCACCAUUGAUAUCCAACACCCACCCCUUGUGAACCUGUCCGUGGAGCCACAGCCGGUGCUAGAGGAUAACACUGUGAAGUUCCACUGUUCUGCCAAGGCCAACCCCGCUGUCACCCAGUACAGGUGGGCGAAAAAGGGCCAGGUGAUAAAGGAAGCAUCUGGUGACUUCUAUGAAACCAUCGUGGAUCACACCUUCUUCUUUGAGCCCGUCUCCUGCGAGGUCACCAACGCACUGGGCAGCACAAACAUCAGCAGGACCGUGGAUGUCUACUUUGGGCCCAGGAUGGCGACAGAACCUCAGUCCCUCCUCGUUGAUCUGGGCUCAGAUGCGGUCUUCAACUGUGCCUGGACUGGGAACCCAUCUCUCACCAUCGUCUGGAUGAAGCGAGGCUCAGGAGUGGUCCUGAGCAAUGAGAACAAGCUGACCCUGAAGUCUGUCCGCCAGGAAGAUGCUGGGAAAUACGUGUGCCGAGCCGUGGUGCCACGGGUGGGCGCGGGCGAGCGGGAGGUGACACUCACCGUCAAUGGGCCACCCAUCAUUUCCAGCACCCAGACGCAGCAUGCCCUGCAUGGCCAGAAAGGGCAGAUCAAAUGCUUCAUCCGCAGCACCCCACCACCAGACCGAAUUGCUUGGUCCUGGAAGGAGAACGUCCUGGAGUCUGGGACAUCCGGACGCUACACGGUGGAGACGGUGAGCACGGAUGAGGGUGUCAUCUCCACGCUGACCAUCAGCAAUAUUGUCCGGGCUGAUUUCCAAACCAUUUACAACUGCACUGCCUGGAACAGCUUCGGCUCCGACACGGAGAUCAUCCGGCUCAAAGAGCAAGGUACGGAAAUGAAAUCAGGAGCUGGUAUUCAAGCAGAGUCGGUGCCGAUGGCGGUGAUCAUCGGAGUGGCUGUGGGGGCCGGCGUGGCGUUCCUGGUGUUGAUGGCCACCAUCGUCGCCUUCUGCUGUGCCCGUUCCCAGAGGAAUCUCAAAGGUGUGGUUUCUGCCAAGAACGAUAUCCGUGUGGAGAUCGUGCACAAGGAGCCAGCCUCGGGCAGAGAGACAGAGGAGCACCCCACCAUCAAGCAGCUGAUGAUGGACCGGGGGGAGUUCCAGCAGGACUCGGUGCUGAAGCAGCUCGAGGUGCUCAAGGAGGAAGAGAAGGAGUUUCAAAACCUGAAGGACCCCACCAAUGGCUACUACAGCGUGAACACCUUCAAGGAGCACCACUCCACCCCUACCAUCUCCCUGUCGGGCUGCCCGGCCGACCUGCGCCCAGCCAACAAGCAGCGUGUGCCCACCGGCAUGUCCUUCACCAACAUCUACAGCACCUUGAGCGGGCAGAGCCGCCUCUACGACUACAGCCAGCGCUUCGUGCUGGGCAUGGGCAGCAGCUCCAUCGAGCUGUGCGAGCGCGAGUUCCAGCGCGGCUCCAUGAGCGACAGCAGCUCCUUCCUCGACACCCAGUGCGACAGCAGCAUCAGCAGCAGCGGCAAGCAGGACGGCUACGUGCAGUUCGACAAGGCCAGCAAGGCUUCCGCCUCCUCCUCCCACCAUUCCCAGUCUUCUUCCCAAAACUCGGACCCCAGCCGGCCCCUGCAGAGGCGGAUGCAGACACACGUUUGAGCCCCCUUCGGGGAUGCUCAGGACCCUCCGUGCGGGCGCCACGGCUUCGUGCCGGGACGGUUGCACCCGCCGGGAAUGGCGGUGGGAAGAGGCUGGAUCCAGCCCCCAGCGGAGCGGGGCUGUGGGGCUGGGGACCGGCCGAGCAUCAUCCUCCAGCCCGGUACAUGCUAAAGCACAACCCCACCGAGGGGUCACCCCCAGCCCAACCACGCACCCCUGCACCCACCUCAGCUUCCCGCCGCCCUCUCCCACCCGGCUCCUUCCCUUCCUUCUUGGUGUUCUGUGUCCAUACUUAUAGCGUCCGUUUUGGGGGGGGGUUAAAAAGGGGGGUCCUGCUGCGUGGGACAGGAGAAGGGGGGACAUCAGUGGGAUGGGGACCCCCCCUCCCCGGGAAGGGCCUCUCCGCGCAGUAUCACUGGAGCGCAGCGCCACGGUCAAUACAAGAGGUGUUUCUCGUGGCUGAUGCCCGCCCCGCGAGGACGCCGGCUCUUUGGGUGAUGCUCUGCCCCAGCACGGACCUGGCCUGGAGCUUGGGUGGGAUACAACAUCACGGUGGGGUUCCCAAGUCGGGUGUAUGGGUGCAGGGGGGCCUAUGGCAAAGGGAAACUGAGGCAUGGCGCAGGAGAUGGGGUGUCACACCAGGGACACAGCAGGUAAGGGGAUGUAGUGGGGUGACCCCAUCUCAGCCCCCCAAGGCCCGGUGCACACUCACACUCACCCACUCACCCCAUCACUCACCCAUACUCACCCCGCCAUGAGUAUCACACAAGCCCCAGGAGAAGCUCCACGAUAAAUAAGCAUUUAAAUUAAUUAAAUUAAAACGCCCCCCCCACCCAAAAGGCCCCUGCAGACCCCAAGCACCUCGGGGUGCCCCCCCUCCCCGGGGGGCUGCGGGGAUGAGCCCCCGCGCCAGCGCUAAGGCACAGGAUGGGGCCGCUGAGGAGAAAGGAAAUAAAAAGAGGGGGAAUUAAAUAUCUGGGGGGGACCCAGGUAGGGAGGAGGUGACAUGGACCCCCUGAAGGCUCCUGCUCCCUGGGGGGACCCCAGGACCCCCAUAUCAGCCCCUCAGUGGGACCCUCGUCCGAAUAGGAGGGAAUUAAGAGUAAGAGCCCAGAGGAAUGGCUCCUGCCCCCCCCUUUACCCCCCAGGCCUGCUGGGAGGGCAAACCCCACCCCAAAACCCCCUUCAGGUCCUCGGUAGCAUCAGUGCAUCGGUAGGAAAAGGCUCCGGGUGCGAUGUGGGGGCUCCCUGCGCCCCCCAGGCCGGGGCACCCGCAGUCCAGCGCAGGCUCCCCAGCAACAGGAGUGCCACCAGGGCAGGGUGCGGUGGUGAUGCUCUGCCCUCGCCCGGCUCCGGCUGUGCUGGCGUUGGUGUCCCCCUUCAAAUGGGGGAUGUGGUCCCUGCGCAGCCCCCGGUGCCCUCAGAAGUAGGUGAGGUUCUUGAUGAGACCCAGCUCCAGCAUCCGCUUGAUGGCCACCGCCUCGUGUGAGACGUUGUGCUCUGAUGCCUGCAGGACAUGGCACGGCUGAGACCCAUAUCCCUUCUGCCCCUUCCCAGCCCUCCACCUUGCCCACUCCACCAGCACUGAGGGGACCUGGUGCCUUCACCUAAAGUGAGGAGCCCCCCAAAAGGAAGGAUAUGACCUUCCCAGCCCCCUCACAUAAACCAAACCCAACUCUCCACCAUGGCUUUAAAGGUCAUCAUCUAACUUCUCCCCAUAGCCCAUCAACACCCAUUGUGAAAGGGGAGCAAGGGGAGAGCUUCCCGCACUGCUCAGUGUCAUUCCUGGGCCACAAUCCCCAUCCAGGGGGGAAAACAAGGGUUAACAUGGACAAAGUGGGGGGCUGACACGUACUGCCAUGGACUUGAGUGUGAUCUGUUCAUAGUAGUGAAUGGUCUGCUUCUUGUUGGCCGAAUCGGGAUAGCCGAAGCCUGCGAUGUGCACCAGGUCACAGAAGUGCAGCGCCAAAGUGAUGGCCAACAGCCCCGUGGUGGGCUUCUGAAGGGAGAGGGUGGAGGAAAAAGCUUACAAAGAGCCAUGGCCUUCACCAAGUUGCACCAGGGGGAGCAGCAGGAAGGACAUCACCCCUCAAAGGGGGUCCUCAAUGGGGACCAGCCAUUCUCACCCCCUUACCUGCUUGACCUUCCGUGGCUGCUUCAUGGGGAGGUUGAGCAGUUUAGCAGCAGUUACUUCCAUGUAAUAAGGGUUGAGGAUGCGGACUUGCUCCGGGUUAGCGUCCCAGAUCAAUGGAGGCUGUUUCCAAAACCCUUUCCGCACCUGCAAGAAGAUAGAGAUGUGUCCCAGUAAGAGAGGUAGGUCCCCAAGGGUUGGCUGGGAGGAAGGUUGGACCCAGUUCCCCACCACACUCACCCUCUUCUUGUCAUUAAGGAUGGCCUCCAUCCACUGGAAGUCCAUGGGCUUGAAGGGCACCAGCACCAGCAAUGUGUCGGGGUUGUUCUCUGUCCUGGGGUUGAAGUGGGCUGACUCCGGGUAGAAGAGGCGCAUGGUCGUCUUAGAGCCCACAUCCUGCUCGUAACCAUGGACCGGGGCAUUGUUCAGCCUUGAGGGGGGAUAUGAGGACAUCACGGGUAUCAACCCCAUCUGCAGGUAGCACUGGGGAGGGAUCAGUGGGACGGAUGCAGGGCCAUACCUGAUCACAACAUCAUACGUGUUGAUGGUCUCCCCCAUGGAGCUGUUGCGGAGCCGGUGGCCGUUGCCCACCACCGCGCACCUCCGGCACUUCAGUCUGCAGGAGAAAAGCCCCUUCUCAACCAGACCUGCUCUAAAACCAAGGUGGGUUUAACCCCCAAGGGAGAGGGGUUUAACCCUAUGUUGUCCAGCCCACAAAGCUUCCCUUGCUCUAUUCACCAGCCCUGGGUUGCUGAGGUUCGUUUUGCCAGAUCUUGAGCCCAAAAUGAGCAAAUUCCCACCCCACAAGAGAACGAUGAUGAGACAGAAGAGCCCCUGAACCCACCCCGGCGUUACCUCUGGAUGCUCUUGGGCAGGGAGUAGUGGGUGAUCGACAGCAAGCGCAGGAGGACGUCUUCUGCAAAGCAAGAGUGAGGAGAAGGUGAGGAAGGCAGCUCCUGCCUGCUACAAUGAGUGCUGCCCCAUCCCUGCCACAUACCUCCUGCCACUAUCCCAGCUCCGGGCACAUAAUCCUUUGCUUAGUCAAGCCUGGCCCACCCUAAACCAUAGGAUAGGGACCAGGGUGAGUAGAUAAGUGCUAUAACAACUAGAAAUCGAGCAAACUACUUGCUGGGGGAUGGAGGGGAAGACAAUACUCCCCCAGAUAUCAACCUGGUUUUGAGAAGAGGCAAUGAAACCCCCAGGGAGCAGUCUCAGGACAAACAGAAACCCAAUGCUGAGGCUCACCGCUUCCUUUAGUGCCGUAGGGCAGCUCAUAGAGCGAUGGAGUCUUCACCCAAAAGUAGUCCUUCAGCUGCAAGAAGAGCGGGUGGUCCCUGGUGUAGCUGCCAAGGAGCAAAGGGACGGUGAGAGCGGGAUGGGGAGGAAGGGCUCUGCUUUCCCCUCUAACCCAACACUCACUUCCCGAUGAGCUGCGCCGCUUUCCUCUCCACCUCCCCGAGGGGACACGUCGUCUUGUUUUCUUGCACAGGGAAAUAAAAGCUGUAAAGGAAGAGGUUAAAACAA